UAAAUUUCCACUUCAAACCUUAGCUUUCACAUUCACAAAAAAAAAAAACUUUAAAUAAUUUCAAUUUCAAACUAAAAUAUGGUAAUGAAAAGAGGCAGAGAAAACGCAGAGAUUGACAUGGCUAACUGCUUGAUGCUUCUCUCAAAAGUUGGCAAAACGACAGAGCUUGAAGAGUCAGCGACGAACGGUCGUUUAUUUGCAUGCAAGACAUGUAACAGAAAAUUCUCGUCGUUUCAAGCGUUGGGAGGCCACCGUGCGAGCCAUAAGAAGCCGAAACUGAUCGGAGAUGACUUUUUAAAGCUGCCCAGUUCGCCGGCGAAGGCAAAAACACAUGAGUGCUCGAUCUGUGGGGUUGAGUUUGCGAUCGGUCAAGCACUCGGUGGUCAUAUGCGACGGCAUAGAAACAAUAUGGGCGGUGAUGAUAAGCUGGCGACUCGAGGUUUGUUGCCGGUGGCGGCGGUGAUGAAGAAAUCGAAUUCUAGCAAGAGGAUUUCGUGGUUGGAUUUGAAUUUGACGCCGCUGGAGAAUUAUGAUUUGACGUUGCAGUUAGGGAAGGUGGUGUUUUAAAUCGGAGAAUUAGGGUUUCUUGAACAUAGAAUUUUGAGUAUAUUGGGAUAAUUUAUGAUGUUUUUGUAUUCAGAUUAAUUUAUUCAUUUGUUCUUGUGAACAGAUUUAAUAGAGUAGUUUUCAUAUA